AUGGCACCGCCAAGGGACCGGCUGACGGUCGGCUCGCGCGUCGUCAUCGCCCAGGACGCCGAGCUCCGCGGCGAGAUCAGCAUUGGAAGCGGCACCGUCAUCCAUCCCCGGGCCGUCGUCUACGCUCAGCAGGGUCCCAUCUCGAUCGGCUCCAACUGCAUCAUCGAGGAGAUGGCCGCCAUCGUCAAUCGGCGGCCCGAGCCGAUGCAGAUAGGUGACGACAACCUCUUCGAAGUGGGCAGCCGCAUCGAGGCGGCCGGCGUCGGAUCCUCCAACACCUUCCAGGUGCGCUGCAAGGUGGCCUCGACGAUCCGCGUCGGCUCCUACUGCAACAUCGGAGCCGGCUGCAGCGUCGUUCCCACCGCGCUGUGGCCACGCAACAUCGAGGACCUUUUUGGCGACGACGACGACGACGACGACCAGGAGCACGGCGACGGGGAGCCAGGUGGCAAGGCAACAGCGGCUAAGGACGAAGAUGGCGAAGAAGCAAGGCAGGCCAGCGCUGCUUCCGCAGACGAGGCCAAGUUCGAGUCGCUGCCAGAUCGUACCGUCGUCUUUGGCCACAGCGCCAGCCGGCGGCAGUGGAGCGGCGAAGGCGUCAAGCAGCAGGCCGCCCUGCACGCCAAGCACCUCGAGUACCUCCGAGACAUGAUACCAAAAGCGCACAAGCUCAAAAUCAUCCAGGCCGUCCGAGCGCCUUCGCCUUCGAGGGGUGCGCAGUGA